UCGUCAGCCAACGAUUCUUGGGUGGUCGGGCGCGAUGAAAAGGAGGCACUGGCCACCGCUGCGGAGCGUUUCAAAUGCCCUAUUGACGAAAUCCAUCUCAUUCAGGACGAGGACGUCCUAGACACCUGGUUCUCCUCGCAACUCUUCCCAAUGUCCGUUUUUGGCUGGCCAAACACCGAUAGUUCAGACUUUCGCGCCUUCUAUCCGGGCACUCUGUUAGAGACCGGACAUGAUAUCCUCUUUUUCUGGGUUGCACGCAUGGUAAUGUGCGGCCUCUUUUUCACCGACCGUCUGCCCUUCACCGAGGUCUACCUUCACGCAAUGAUCCGCGAUGCUCACGGGAAAAAGAUGAGCAAGUCACUGGGCAAUGCAAUCGAUCCGGUGGAUGUAAUUAAAGGAAUUAGUUUACCUGGUGAGAGACAUUAA